AUGCGUUUCUACACCGUCGCUCUGUUGACUGGCGCUACCGCCGCCGCUGCCGGUAACACCGCAACCCUCCUCCUGCCCGGCUUUAAGGGCCAGGAUCUCCAGGCUAGCGUUAUCGAAACCAAUGGAGAUGCGACUACCUACAAGGUCACCUGCAAGACCGCUAAUGCUUGCGGUAUUGCCGGCGAGGGCAUGACCGCAAUUGCUGCCCCGACCUCCAUGCAGCUGCAGAACAUCAACCUCCAGGGAACCACUGGAACUGUUUCCUGCAACAUUGCCGGCACCACUUACGCCUCCUGCCAGGCCUCUGCUGGCACCGUGACCCCGUCGGGCACCCUGGCCCAAGGUGAUCUGAACUGGAUGCCCGUGACUAUCUCCGCCACCCCGACCCCGACGUCGACCCCUACCCCAACCCAGACCCCCACCAGCACCAGCACCAGCACGACCGAGGUGACCUCCACCUCCACCCCGAAGAUUACUUCCUCGUCGACCCUCGUCAUCUCGACCCCCAAGAAGUCCUCCUCGGCUUUCAUCUCGUCCACCGCUGUGGCCUCCUCCACCCCUCUUGUGGCGGCGCCCACCAGCUCUGCUAUCAUCUCAACCGGUGCGCCUGCCGCUUCCUCGACUGCGUUCAACGCCGCCGGCCAGAUGACAGGCAGCGUGUGGACUGUUGGUGGAGCCUUCCUGGCUCUGGCCUGCGCUUUCGCGUAA